AUGAAUCCUCCUGAGCUUAGUGCUAGAAGCAUAUCUUAUGGGUCCUCUUCUGACUACGAGACAUCGAAUAGUAUCAAUCCUACUUCGGAGCUCCCCGCUACCAGCGAGUCUCCCAAGCCCUGUUCAAGCUCGGAUGAGGCUCCGUCCCGCGACACUGGUAACCCGUCUCCUGCACUGGAUUUUGUCCCUGCUACACCCCCAAACCCUGCUGUAAACCCUUCAAUCGAUCCAUCUAUGGAUCCUUCAAGGGACCCUUAUGUGGAUCCCUACCAGCCAUCUAACACCGCAGUUAUGCUAGGGUUCACCCCGUUCGAAGACCCAAAUGUUCUCCCAUCCACAUUCAUGUACCCCGAGGAGACUCCUGACUACAGCGACUUGACCAUUGACCCCAUGGGUGUCUACACCCCCGAGGAGUAUGCACGCAUUCUGGCUUCCGAGCAAGACGUCCUGUGUGAAUUGGCUGACCCCCCUACCGAUACUCUAACGCAUAUGUAUGCCCGGGAAGAAGAGCCGCAUUACACUACACUUGCUGAUGUGGAGCGUAAUUUGACUGAGAUUGAAGCUGUCAAUGCCACCAUAGAUAUUCUACAGCCUGAGUAUUGGGCGGCUAUCGGCCGCCAUAAGCCUGGUCCUCUUCAACCUGGGGCAGUUGAGUCUGACCAAAUCAUCUAUGCUCAAUCCGCCUUUGAAACCUUGCAAUCACUGGCGGAAGCAGACCCAGGCUCAGCCACGAAGCGUGCCCGACACAGUUUAUACAAAACCAAGAGCUCGACACCGGAGCAAUCUACCGCCGUCUCCGCCAGAGCCUCAGCUUCGACCCAGCGCCGUAGCACCUCAUCCAAAACCAAGAGCGCAACCCCUCCGUCUACGUCAACAUGCCGCCGUUCCAAGAAGCAGCCCGUGACGCCUGCGCCCACCUUGGCCUUAUCUCGCCGUCGUUCCAAGACCAAGGUAAAGGCCGAGAUAGCUACCCCAGAGGCCCAGAUCAGCUUUUCCCCACGCCGUCUGCGCAGCUCCUCUAUCAUGCCGAGCUCCAAUGCGAAGAAGAACCCCAAGGGCAACGCAACCCCAGAGUCAUGGGAGACAGCAUCCAUUGCAGACAAGAUGAUGUCGCAGAUGAAGGAGACGAUGUCGAUAUCGUGGAUGGACAUCACCACGGCAUGGAACGAGAAUCGAACUGACACAGAUGACGAGAUGACAUGGCGAGCGCUAAGUAAGCGAUGGGGACGCAUUAAGGAUAAAAUUGGUCCUUGGCCCGGUUUCGAUGAGGCUCUUCUGGAUACCUUGGGAGGGCUCGAUUCGGAGCUUGAUGACCAGGACUUUGCGCAGAUUGCUGAGGAUGUUUCGACUGAGCUUGGCUGGGAGGUUUCCGGCGCCGCUUGCCAGGUUGGAUAUAGGGCCCUCAAGGAGUCUGGCAAAGUCAACCUGAAAGAUAAAAGGAGGGUUCAAAAGUAA